AUGGUUGGCCUAGUCCCCGGAUUAGUCCUGUCUCUAGGCGUGCUCGUGGCCAAGGCCAACUUAUUUGGUGUCCGGGACGACCUCCAUUUUUCGCUGGAGGCUCGACAAGAAAAUAGAGAUGGUUCCCGCCCGGUGUACAAGAAUCCCAGGGCAUCAAUCGAAGCACGGGUGAAUGACUUACUCCCUCGUAUGACGCUCGAGGAAAAGGUCGCCCAAUUAAUUCAGGGCGAUCUGAAUGGAUGGAUGAACAUGAAUGAUCCGUUGGACAAUACCCUGGUGUUCAAUCAGACGGGCUUAGUCGAAAUGAUGCGCCAAAAAGGUGGCUCGAUAUGGGGUGGCUACCUCGUACCCUACGAGAAAUUCGUCUUUGCCGUCAAUGUUGGACAACGCUAUCUAAUGGAAAACACUACUCUGGGCAUCCCUGCCCUGAUACAGUCAGAAGGUCUACACGGUUUUACCAAUAACGGGACCAUCUUCCCUUCGCCUAUUGGACUCGCUGCAACAUUUGACACUGACCUCAUGAAGAAGGUAGCUAGUGUUAUUUCGACCGAAGCUGAGGGGCUAGGGAUCAACCAUAUCUUUGCACCUGUGUUGGAUCAAGCUCGAGAGCUUCGGUGGGGUCGAGUUGAGGAAGGUUUCGGGGAAGACCAUUACCUCACUGGCGAGAUGGCCCUAGCUUAUGUGGAAGGGCUACAAUCCGGCAAACGUCGUAAUGCGAGCACGACGGCAGUCGCAAGAAUGGCUGCGACUUGCAAACACUUUGCUGCUUUCGGGAGUCCUCAAGGAGGCUUGAACCUUGCCCCGGUGGCCGGCGGUGAGCGUGAACUUCGAACCGUACACCUACGGGCUUUUGAAAGAGCGUGCAUGGAGAGUAUGACCAUCAUGACGGCAUACUCAAGUUACGACGGUAUUCCUGCUAUCGCGAACGAUCAUCUCCUUAUUGACAUUCUCCGGAAAGAAUGGGGCUAUAAGUAUUGGGUCGUCUCCGAUGCUGGGUCCGUCGACCUUCUAAUUACCCUUCAUGGUACAUGUUCCACGAGAGAAUGCGCAGCUAAAACAACGCUCGAGAAAGGCUUGUCCGGGGAGAUGGGCGGUGGAACGUAUACAUACUUGACAUUGCCCGACCAAAUCAGAGCGGGACAAGUUGACAUCAAAGCGCUGGAUGCCACUGUGAAGUAUAUGCUUCGCACCAAAUUCUCUCUAGGUCUUUUCGAAAAUCCUUACCCGUACGAGGACUACCUUUCAUUGCUUCGCUCUCCCGAGUCGCAGGAAACCCUUCUUGCGUCUGACCGCGAGUCCAUUGUCUUGCUCGAGAACCGCCAAAACACACUACCGCUAUCUAAGAGCAUUGGGUCCGUCGCGUUGAUCGGCCCUCACGCCGAUAGAGUAUCAUUCGGUGACUACGUCUUCUUCAAUGCCACUCUUAACGGCGUCAGCCCACUCGCUGGGUUCCGCCAAGUUCUCGCAGACACCCAAGUACAAAUCAAUUACGCCGAGGGCUCAAAACUUUGGUCAAAUGACCGAUCUGGAUUUGACGACGCGGUGAAUGCAGCACAAUCGUCCGAUGUUGCGAUCGUUAUAGUGGGGACGUGGUCAUUGGACCAAACCCUCCUAUGGACGCCGGGUACCAAUGCAACAACUGGAGAACACGUCGACGUGCACGACCUGGCGCUAGUCGGUGCGCAACUGGAUCUUGUGAAAGCCGUGGAGGCAACAGGAAAGCCUACCAUAGUUGUCUUUGUCAGCGGUAAACCCGUCGCGGAGCCGUGGAUUCAAGCUCACGCCGAUGCAGUCAUUCAGCAGUUCUACCCCGGGGAGAAGGGUGGAUUGGCGCUAGCCGAGAUCGUCUUCGGAGAUGUUAAUCCAUCAGGUAAAUUGCCAGUGUCUUUCCCUCGCGAUGUCGGGACAACGCCAGUGUUCUACAAUUACUUGAAGGGAAGCCGGCCUUUGGAUCCCGGGAGUGUUCUCGAUGACGGCACACUUCACUUCGGACACCAAUACGUUCUCGAUAGCCCAAUACCUCUGUGGAGCUUCGGACACGGCUUGAGUUACACCACAUUUAGCUACUCCAACGUAGCAGUCUCGCCGUCGACUGUUAGUAAGAACGGCAAGUUCACUGUCAGCGUUACCGUCAGCAACACAGGCGCUGUGGCCGGAAAGGAGGUGGUUCAGAUUUACGUUACCGACCUCGUAGCGUCGGUGGUCACGCCAAACCAAGAACUUGUUGGUUUCCAGAAAGUGGACAUACCUGCUGGAGAGUCUAAGACGGUUUCGAUUGACAUCCAAGCAUCGCAAUUGGCUGUGUGGUCGCUCCGCAACACUUGGGUUGUCGAACCGGGGCAAUUCCUCGUAAAAGUCGGCACUAGCGAGCAGAGCUUUGCAAAUGCGACGCUGACAGUAAAUUAA